CAGGUUUUUUCUUUUCUUCGGCGAACAAUUAACAUGGACAAUAACAUUAGACGCUCAUAAUCAUCUUCUAGCCGCUUAAGGCCAGGUGAGAUCAUCAUCAUCGCUGGCCGAGAAAUGCACCUGAAGAUGCUGCUAGCAAAAGCGUGAGAAAUCGCCGGGGAAAUCGCUGGAAAAUCGCUUGAAAAUCGCAUGCAACGAAGUACUUAAAUUUUAACGAACCGAAGAACUCAAGAUGCCAAUCCUGCCAAUUCUCAUGGGGCUACUGAUGCUCCCACUGUCCUUAAGCCACUCUCACCAGGAUGCCAAGCUCGUGGAUGGCUUCAGCCUGCCCAGUCUUCCCUCGGAGCACCUCAUCCGGUACCUGAACACAUUUCCCAAACUGAAACAACAGCUGACCACGAAUCUCACCGGCAAUGCGAAGGCGACCAUUUCAUCCGCCUGCUGGGGUCAUGAAAGGGAUUGCAAGCCGGAUCACCGCUUCCAGACGCCCCAGUGCCCCGGGGAGCACACCGGCUGGGCCAGGAGCAAGGAUGCGCAAUUAAGGACCUUCUACAAUCAAGCAGACUUUGGUUACAUCCAGGAGCAGCUCUCCCAGUUGGCGCCGCAAUGUGUGCCCACUUAUCUGGGUGAUUCCUCGCUGGAGUGCACCCACUAUCUGCGCUUUUGUCGCGGCAGGAAUCUCCUUUUCGACUUUCGGGACUUGGUUAACAGAGAAGAGCGGAUACGCUACCACAUGGAUGUUCUAAGUCCUGGUCAACUCCUGGGCCACUGUGACCUAAAUCGAACUAGGCUCUCAGGUGAAAUGGAGCACAUUGGUUCGGCCCUGCAAUCCUGGGGUCCGGAGCUGCGCAACUUUGAGGUUUUACCUCAUCCCGUACUGGAAAGCGGUCUCUGCGAUGUCGUCGUGAAUACGCCCACUUUCAUCAUGAAAAUCGACGCCACCUACAAUAUGUAUCAUCAUUUUUGCGACUUCUUUAAUCUCUAUGCCUCGCUCUUUGUCAACCAAUCGCAUCCGGCUGCUUUCAACACGGAUGUGCAGAUACUUAUUUGGGAAACGUAUCCUUAUGAUUCGCCUUUUAGGGAUACUUUCAAGGCCUUCUCACAGCGGCCCGUUUGGACGCUCAGCGAUGUGGAGGGCAAAAGGGUGUGCUUCAAGAACGUUGUGCUGCCCCUGCUGCCCAGGAUGAUCUUUGGAUUGUUCUACAAUACACCCAUAAUCCAAGGCUGCUCGAAUAGUGGACUGUUUCGAGCCUUUUCCGAGUUCAUCCUGCACCGGCUGCAGAUUCCCUACAGGCCGCCACAGCAAAAGAUCAGGAUAACCUACCUAUCACGACGCACAAAGUACCGCCAAGUGCUGAAUGAAGAUGAGCUGCUGGCUCCGCUGGAGGAGAACGAUUUGUAUUCCGUGCAGCGCGUCUCCUACGAAAGACUCUCCUUCACCGAUCAGUUGGCCAUCACCCGCAACACGGACAUACUCAUCGGCAUGCAUGGCGCUGGACUGACGCACUUGCUCUUCCUGCCCAACUGGGCCUGCAUCUUCGAGCUUUACAACUGCGAGGAUCCCAAUUGCUACAAGGAUCUGGCUCGCCUGCGUGGCGUUCGCUAUCGGACGUGGGAGCAGCGGGAGCUGGUCUAUCCGCAGGACGAGGGACAUCAUCCCGAGGGCGGGGCCCAUGCCAAGUUCACCAACUAUAGCUUUGAUGUCCAGGAAUUUGUGCAUCUCGUCGAUGAGGCAGCCAAGGAAAUACUUAGCCACAAGGAAUUCCCACGCGAGUCAUCAGAAAAUCCCUCCAAAACGCAGCACAACGAGCUGUAGAUUGCCACAAUUGUGAUUAAAUGCAUUUAUUUUGCUUAUUUUCCAGAUCCAAAAUAAAUCGGUAUUAUAAACUAUUCUUUUUUUAAAUUUGAA